UUCGUGCGUCGAACAUCGCGGCAGUCGCACGCGCGCGGUGCAAAACAGGUACAACCGCCGAACGAACGUUUUACCUUAUCGCGUGUUCCUUACAUCGCAUUGUUCGAACGAGAUGCACUUAUCUCCAUGCCAUACAAUCGAAAGUGAUAAAUAAUAGUACUGUGGAUGCACUUGACAUUGACGCCUCGAAAUCCCGAUAUAUCGAUAAAAAAUCUCGAUGCUUAUCUGAACGUCAACGAACAGCUUCUAAACAAUUGAUCGAGCAGCGGAAGAGGAAAUUCUCAUUGUUACAGUGACGGAUCACGAAAAAACCAGUAUAGUGACUUCUGAUCAAAUCACUUGAUCAAAUUGUUCCACCUAGUUCUGUGUUUAAAGUGAAUAUUAUCUUGUGUGUGAACCGUCGUGACGCGGACAGAAUUACGAUGUCUCGUCUGCGACACUGACGUGCGUUUAUUUGUCGCAAAUCGUUGAAAAACUGGAGGUCGACACGUAUGACGUGUCAGUUGUCGUCCAGCUGACAACAGAUGUCAUCCCUAUUGAAGUCGCAAUGUCGGCCGAUGGGUCGACCACGGACAUCAAUGCCCUGCUCAAUGAUACAGAAUCAGAUCUCACGAGUCUUUCGCAUGUUGAUGCCCCGAAUGAUGCGAAUUACAUGAUAUGUGGUGUCGUGAUCGCAAUGGCCCUCGUUGGGCUUAUUAUAGUGUUGCUGGCCCUAACAAUAAACAAGCUGCGCAAGCGGGAGGAGCACUCGGCUUCCGUGCACCCAGCUGAAGUUCUUCAGGCUGCGCCUGCACCGCAGCCGGAGCCUCUUGCCUUCCGCCAGCAGCCGCUGUGGCAGUUUCCGCCGCCGCUGCCCCCGCCUUACGUCUAUCCUCACGAUCAGGACAACUUGAUGCAGCCGCACGGCAACGAGCGUGCGAGUUUCCGCAGUCUUCGCAAGAACAUCGGUGGUCGUUGGAAGCGACUAGUGAAAAAGAAGCCUGAACAGGAAGUUUACACGAUCCCGCCUGAGCUCAAGCCACAGCUCAAACAAAUAUACGUGUACUAACUGCACGUUCUAGUAAUUAUAGCUGAAGCAGGAUACUUCGCUGCGUUGAUCUAAAGGCGAUGACAUCAACCUCAACUCGACGGUUGUAAAACAUCAACUUUUAUCAUUACUCGAAUAUCAAAAUUGUAAACCUGCACGGCUCGACAGCCACUAUCUCUGAACAUAUCCCUUUCGACCAAUUAAUUCUAAUGACCAAUGUAACUAAAAUAUUCUUCUUUCAUUCAACACUUCAUUGUGAUUUUAAAGCCUAGAAAUUGUAUUAUUAAGUAUUAGAAUUUGAUGUUUGUGACUUGUGAGUGUUGUCCCGUUGCAGAUCGUAUGAGAGUGAUAGUCAAAUGAAUUUAGUUUAAUUAAUUUAAAGAUAUGAAUGUGAAUUAGGAAGAUGCGGUCGCGCAUACUAGUGACGAAAAUCCAAUAAUUAUGAAUAAACAAUUAUGAUGCCUUGUUAAGUGUAAUUUUGACUAAUUAGGGCAUUUCGUAGUUCAUUAACUUAUUGUAGACAUGAUCGUAUUCGUAAGUGAACUCCGAUCAAAAUAGUUUAUGAACUUAUACAUACAGAUGUAUAUGUGUGGGAGCUGACGUUUGAGACAUCUUAUUGUUUGAUGCAGUAUUUUUAGAUCAUUCAUUUUGUGUUGCGAGUGAGACUGAAUAAUGGUACAAUUUUAAGUGUAACGUGACAUUGAAAUUUUGCGAAUAAAAUACACAAUAUUUUCUGAUAUUAUUGACUAUAAGUAUCAAAUAUCAAACAAUAUCACGAUGGAAUAUCAAAUGACCUAGUUGUUGAAUGUUGAGUUGCUCGAAUUGCUUUUGUAGUAUAAUUAUUCAGAUUUUCGCCCGGUCCUUACUGUGAUAAAUAAUUAAAAUGGAAGGAAUAAAGAAUAUUAUUGACAGAAA